AUGUGGAGAGGAUGGUUGCAGCAAGUCAUACUUUACUCCCAAUUCCUUAACAUCCCAUAUGAGAAGCCAUCAUAAAGAAGAGGAGUUGUGUUGUCAGUGGAAUGGAUGUGGGAAGAAAUUCGACAAGCCAUGCAGAUUGAAAGCUCACAUGAGAGUCCACACAGGACAAAGACCUUUUGUCUGUACUUUUAAGGGAUGUAACUGGUCAUUCCAAAGUGCAAGUAAGUUAAGUCGGCAUCAGAGAAAACACACAAAUGACAGAAAGUUUACUUGUCAUUUGUGUAUGAAGAGUUUCCUGAGAUCAGAGCAUCUUAAAGGCCACCUGCUUAUUCAUACUGGUGUAAGAAAUUUCCAGUGCCCUGUUGAAAAUUGUAAUGCAAAGUUUACAGCAAAGAGUAGUUUGUAUGUUCACUUGAAGAAACAUGAAGGGAAGUCUAAGGAAAGUAGCACUAAGGUUACAUACCACUGUCCUAUUGAUUGCUGUGAUAGAAGUUAUAACUCAAAGUUUAAUCUGCGUCAGCACAUGGUCAAGAAUCAUACUAUAUUGGCUGCAGCUGAUUCAAAUCAGUUAGAUUACAUAACAUUACUAGGUGAUAAGGAUUUAAUGAUGGAUCCGCUCCUCCCACUAACUGCGGGUGGCACACCAUCAGCAGCUUCAUCGACACUGGAUCCACACAUACCAUCUUCAACGUUUGCAUCAACUUCUCAUUCAUCUGAUCCCCACACUGCUCUUCUGUCUAGCAUUGAGCUUAUUAAUGGUGACAUUAGUACUGAUGCCAAUAAUAUUGCUCCAAUUAUUGUGAUGGAGGGUAGAGGUUCCAGUGAUGGUAUAGAGAGCAUGGAUGUUGGAAUACCAGAGUCUCUCAUAAGUAGCACUGCAGCCACAGUUGCAGCAGAUGUAGAGACUCUAGAUCUGCAGUCUGUUUCAAGUGAUAAUGGAGGCUCAGCACGUACAGAUGCACUAGGGAAUUUUAUUCAAUCACAACGAGCUAAGAAAAGGCAACAGUUAAAUCUAGCGAAGAAGAUGGCAGAACUUGGUUGUCAUACACCUCAUUCAAGUGGUGAAGUAAAUUUUACAAAUGAUGUGGUUUUGUCAGCAUCAGCUGUGACUCUUUCUACUGUUUCCCACCUUCAGUCAGCUCUCUUGCAAGAUGAUUGCGUUGGGAGCGAGUUGUACCAAGAAGCUUUAAUGGGGCAUGAAUUGUUGACAGACCCAACCAAUGAUCCACAGUCAACUAUAAAUCUUCGUGACUUAGAGUGAUUACUUUGAGCAGAAACUUGAGCAUUUGCCUGUCAUGAAAGUUAGUAGAUAACCGUAAACGAGUUGCGUCGCUCGUAAAGAAGUGGAACCUUUUAUUAGAACAAACCAAUUUAUGAUGGUAGUUUUAAUGUUUUGGAAUAGUUUGUUUUUUUGCAUUUUUUUCUGCUGCAUAUAAAGUAGUGAAUCUUUGCCAGUGCGUAAUUCAUUUUACACAUUCUCUUUUAUAAGUAGUAUAACCUUACAAUUACCUUCAGAAUUUAAGGUAGCUUGCUAUACAUUAUAUAUGAUACUAAAAUCAUAUACAUUUUUGCUUGGUUUAUAUAUCACUAUAAGACUACAAGUCAAUUAGCAUGGUUGUCUUAAAAAACAUUUGUAAUUUUGUGACUAAAAUUAUAUGGCUGCAUUACUGUUGACAGACGGACAAUGGUUAAAAUAGAGUUAAAAUUUAUUGUAUGCCGAUUCACUCUGGAUGGAUGUACAAAAUUAUUUUUUGUUGUUGGUGUAUUUAAAGAAAUAAUUGUGCUGUUCCAGAGUGAGCAGCAUUUUUGUUACACAGUGUUUCUCAGUAUAUGUUAAAUAUGUAUUAUGCAAAUUUAUAUUGUUUAAUAGUAAGCAUUGUUUAACAGCAUAAAUUAAAAAGGACUUGCAUCCAAAUUACUCAGAAGGUAAUUCCUGAGAAUUAUGGAAUUUUACAGUUUGGCUGAUGGAUGUUUCAAACAUUAAUUUUUAUUUUAUCGAGUAGUUUUCAAUGAAUUAGGCUAUCAAAUAUAUAAGCUUUUAUUAAACAGGACAAUCAUUAUGAGGAGAGUUUCAGUGGUAUGUUAUGAAAUGAAAAUAUUCUUCUGAUUCUCCUCCUCUUCUUUAUACUUAUUAACCAUGCAAAACAUGCUGUGAUUGUGUUAAAUCCUUAUGAUAUUUCCCUCACAAUUGGUCACUCACUGUGUACUUUUAUGUUCUUGAUUGAUGGAAUUUUUCAGAUGAACUCCACUAUGAGACAGCUUAUAAUGUGACGUGUCUACUCUUUGUGGUUUAAUUUGUAUGUAUGUAUGUACAGUAAACAUAUUGGAUAAAGACGGACAAAUGCUGAAGCUUCUGACUUGUGAGAUGGUGCAGUACUUUUGUAUUCUCAUUUAUGGAAUUUAUUUUAAUUACCUUAAUACCAUAGGUUAAUGUCAGAACCAACUACAGUAUAUGUCAAGCCUAGCACAGACCCUUGUGAACUUUUGUAUGGAUUAGAGCGUUGUAACUGUUUACUAGCUCACAUUUAUUUUUAUAUAGAUUAUCCAGGCAAGUCACAUUUCUGUGAUAAGAUAAUUUUAGAAUACCCUAUUUUCUUUUCUGGUGUGGCUUUCCAAUACUGUACUAUUGCCAAACUUGUUAGGUCAUUUUAGUGCCAACAGAUGUAGAUGAAUUGACAAAUUGGUAAAAGAAAAACUGUUCUUGAAUAAACAGUUCACUGGUAAAUUUCUGGAUUUGGUGCUAACAUAAAUGUGCAGCGUCUUGGUAUAAAUGAGGUUAGGGAUAACAUUCUGCAAAACACUGCCAUAUAUAUUUAUAUCAAAGCUUUUUUCAUUGCACAAGAGGGUUGUUUCUUUUAUUCAGUGAUAAACAUUUUACACUAUUAAGGCAUGCAAUAUGAGCUAGGUGCUUUGUUCUCCUGAUUAAAAAAAAAAGAAUUGGGACUGAUAUGAUGGUGGUAAUAAAAGCUAGUCAUCUGAUAGAUUUGUUCCUUGUUCAACAUAGCAAAAUUUUAUUGUGACAUUUCAUUAAUACUGUAGUAUGGAAAACAAAGGAAUGGUGGCCAACAUUUAAGCAAAGCUAGACCACUAUUGUGACAUCAAUAAAUCAUAUACUGUAUUUGAAUUCUUUUGCCAUACCAUGCAGUUUCCAUCAUCUACUAAGGGAUUCAGAGCCAAUGGAACUGUUUUUCGGCAAUAGCUUUUUAUCAAAGCAUCGGUUAAAGGUAGAAGUUGGUAAGUGUAUAUUUUAUAACUGUACCUGAUUUUUGCAAGUAUUAUUUAGUACCUAAGUUUAAUAGUUAUGAUAUUUAUAGAGUAAAAUGAGGUCGCCAAUGCCGGAACGGAGAAAAUCACAGGAAAGGAUUCUAAAAUAAUUUGUGACGUAAGCAUAAUGUGAAGUAAUGAGGCUCCACUCGUCUACCAGGUAGGCAGGAAGUCAAUAACAGUAACAGGGGAAUGGGUAUGCUUACACAGCCUUCUGUGCAUUUCAGAGGCCAUGGCAUAGUGUUUUUCAUAAACAACUUUUAAACCAACUUAUGGAUUUCCAUACCACUAAAGCACAGUGUUUCAAACUUUGUCCUAAUUUUCGGAAGUACUAUGCAUUGUCAUACAUGUUUCAUUAAUUUUUUUUUAUUAAGAAAAUGAGGUUAAAGGUGCGCUUACCCAACCAACCAUCUGCAAAAAUGGUGACAUGUAUCAUUGAUGUCAGUAUAGCAUAUCCUCCACUAUACCUUAUCAAAUGGUAGUUAGACUUAAGGUUAAACGUCAUUUUACCAAUCCUGGGCAAUACUCAAUAUUUUAAAGCAAAUUAAUAAAUUGCAUGAUGAUAUAUAAAUUUUCAAAAUAAUGUUUUAAUCUAUAUGUAAGGGGAUGGCUCUGCAUCACAGUUAUGUUGUAAAGCACCACUCGUUCGAAACGGUCUGAGAAAGGCAAGAAAUUGGUAAUUUUUUAAAACUUAAUUAAGCACAUCUGUCAGUUCAGUGUAUUACUAUAAAUUAGGAAAAUGUUAGAAAAAAACUGUGCUUUAUUAGCAUGGAAAUCCAAACAUUGGCUGAAGGGUGUUUUACGAAAAACGUUAUUUCAUGGCCUCUGCAAUGCAUAGCAGGCUUCAAAAAAUUCAAGAAUGGCCUGCAGUGUAUGAAAUUUUCCCCGUGGUUGCAAGACUGCACUUGUGCUACGGUUAACCACUUUGUAUACAAGCAAGAAUCGUGGCAAGAGCGAGAAAACCCAUGAACAGAUAAUUAUUUCUAGUUUCUUGGCAAUACUCAUCUCUUGUAGAAUCAUAGAGAAGGCUAUAGUGUAGAAACCUGAGGAAAAAAGAAUUCUUAUUUCUAAAGUAGAAACAAUACGCAUAUCAAGAAAAUGGAAGAAUUCCAAGCUAACAACAGCUGCUGUAGAAGUUGUGAUGAAUCCUCUAUCUAAUAAUAAUAAUAAUAAUAAAAUUAUUGAGUAUGAUAAUGCAAUCAAGGGCACAAUGACAAAUCCUGCUCGUCAUCACUGAUAUCGCUGAAGUGUAGGAUGUGUACUAAUAUCAGUAAAUGAAUAUGUCAUCAGCAAGUGGACAAGGCCACAGUUAAAAAACUUUUCCUCACAUGUAAACUUCUCUUCAGUGAGUGGAGCCUCAUGACAUCAUCGGUUAACAUCGCUAUUGCGUUCAAAACCAUUACCUGCCAUUUUGAUGGCUCUGGCAUAGGAAACUCACUUUUACUCUUAAGUACCAGAUCUGUUGAACUUAGGUACAAAAUAAUUAUUGCUAAAAUUAGGUAGGGUUUUAAAAUAUAUAUUUGCCAACUUUCACCUUUAUCAGAUGCUUUGAUGAAAAGUUAUUGCCAAAAAACAGCGUUCCAUCAGCUCUGAAUCCGUUAGGUCUAUUAAUGCCACCAAAAAUAGCUUUCUUAAUGUAACUUAAGUAGUUUAUCUUCUGUGGAUGUUUACUGUCAAAGUUGUACACUAAAGUAUUAUAAAGUUGUUAUUGCUAUCAAUGUGAUUAUCAUGAGAGUAGUUUUAUUGACUUACACAGUAACAAUUACCUAUUAUAAAUAUUGGUUUGUUGGUAGCACUGAUUUGAAUAUUUUUAUUAAUGAUGAAGAAACCAAAGAUGGCAGAUAUUUAAUCAGUGGUCUAAAAUAAAUACUUAGGGAGAGUUUUGAAGGAAUGGACUCAAUUAUUUCUAAUAAUUAGGUCAGGGAUACUGAUAUGUAUAUUUGUAGUGGAUAAAUUUCGAAGCUUACAUUCCCAAGAGAAAUUAAUGUAAGUAAUAUAGAAAGUAUUUUUUUCCUAAUAUUCCCAGAGACCCAGUCGUUUUCAGCAGCAUUUGCUGCCGAUCACUCGAGUGACCUUUCUGUAACUGCUAAUUAAUUUUAAUAAUGAUCAGUUCUUUUGGUGAAAAAUCUUUAGUGGAAAUUUUUGGGAUAAUUUGUAUUGAUAUUUUAUUUUCAGUUUGAGAUACAGUUUUAAGUUUUGCUUGAAAAAAAGUGUGAAUUAAUUUUUUUUUUUUUUU